AUGCAGCUGGUAGACAACGAUACCUUCCUUGAACGAUUGACUGCGCUUUUCAAUUCUUCACAGGACUCAGGGUCAAUAUGGCUGACCCACAAACGCUUGACUCAUGACGGCGACGAUGCGCAUAUGUCCUCCGCAGAUGAUGAAGGGAAAGAGUACCCAUGUCUGGUGCGGGUAACAGACGGCGGUGAGACAAAAUAUUCGACCAAGGUUGAGCCGGAACAACUGGCAAGAUUUCAUGCAGCAUACGGUGCGCUCCUGAAAUCCUCCAUGACCACUCUCCGCAAGCGCGACAAGAAACGAGAGAAACAAAAGGCGGAGGAACUCGCGCGUCGAAAGCGCCGCCUAGCUGAGGAGGUCGUUGUCGAUGGCCCCAAGCGGGGAGCCGGGCGGCGCAAACGGCAGAGACAGACGAAGGCAGCGCUGAAGCAGCUGGAGGCGCGCAAGCGAAUCCAGGAACGAGAAGAGACGAGAUCUCGCACCAAGGAGGGGAGUCCGUGAGUCUGUACCGUAUGUAGAACACAACUGAAUUGUGUGAGAUUAUGCAACAA